ACACAGCCGUUAUAAGAAGCGAUAGAACUUGCAAGAUGGCGUCUUACUGAAAAGAUUCGUGCAUUCGUGUUCCAGAUAGUAAUAAUCGCUGUAAUUAUUAGAAAUUAUUCGGAUCGCUGGAAUUAUCGUGUGAAGUGAUUUUGUUUGUUGUGCAUCUAUUAAUUAUUUACUAAACUUCAUUAUGAGUACGUCAGAUUUGGAAGGCCCCGAAUGUAAAAGAGAACCCUUAGGAUUAGAUUCUGAUACAGAUGGAAUGACUGAUCAACGAAAGAAAAAGAAAAGGAAACAUAAGCAUCAUAAGCAUAAGAAAGAAAAGUUAAUUGAAAGAGAAGAUGAACGAUUAGAUAGGCAAGAAAGGCGGAAGCAUAAAAAACACAAGAGGCAGAAAAAAGAUAAGGAAAUAGAAAAUGGUAUAGAUGAGAAAUUAAUCUCCAAUGUAAUACAUAAAGAAGUUGGUAUGAAUGGAAAAACAAAAACAUCUGUAUUAGAAGUUGUUUCUACAGAAGAAAGCGAAGAUGAAAAGUUAGUUGAUUUAGAUUCAGAUGAGGUAGAUUGUACAAUCAUAGAAGAUGAUAUUGAUCUUGAAGAGUUAAUGAAACAAAAGGUACAUGAACGAUUACAAGCAUGUUUAGUACAAUAUCUUUCGGAUGAAUCUGAGAAAGGAGAAGAUAAAGAAUUACAAGAAGAAGAAGAAACAAAAACGACGACGGAAACACCUGAUGUAAUACUAGUGGAAGAUGAUAGCGACACUAAUGAUGUGCCAUUGAAAAAACGAACCAGGAGUAAAUCGAGCAGUAGGGAACGUAAAAAAGUGAUAAAGAUUGAAAGACGCGUUAUAGUUGAUAUGACUAGAGAUAGAAAAACUCGCGAACAGCAUAAAGAAAAGAGAAGAGAUUCCGAUAGGAAAAAAGAAGAGAGAGUCCGUUCUAGAGAGGAAGGAAAAAGAGAAGAAACUCGAAAAGACGAUAGAGCACCACGAAAGGCUAGCGAAAGGCAAAAAGAAGAUACGAGAAAGGAGGAGUCCAAUAGAAAAGCAGACGAAGACCAACACAGGCGUAAAGAUAUCUCAAAAAGAGACGAGACACGAAAAAGGGAAUUGGAUAGACGAGAAGAGAAUAGAAGACGAGAACCUACUUGUCAUAGUUCAAAAACUCGUAACAACGAGGCAAAGAAUUCAGAUAAUAAAAGCCGCGACAGAUUGGGAAGUCGCGAACGUCAAGACAGCCGAGAUCAGCACAUUAAUCACGAUCGACGCAGUCGCGACAGACCAUCGAGUAAAGAGCCUCGUCGUCAUGCUAGUCGCGAUAAGAGGGAUAGUCGAAGUAAAGAUCGGCAUGGAAAUAGAGAUCGACAUGACGACAGUCGUGAUCGACGAGACAGUCGGUAUCACGAUCAUCGAAUUGAGGAUCGGUCUCGCAGUAGCGCGAGAAGAUCUCGUAGUCCUAUUCGAAGCAGAACGGAAAGAGAACGAAAUGAUCGAUAUAAGAGAUCUAGAUCGCCCUCCCGAAGUCGUAGAGAUCGGGAUAAACAACAGCAAGGCAGGGACCAUGUCAGAGAUCGUGAGAAGGAUAGAGACAGAAACAGCAAAAGAGAGCGUAAUGAUAAGUAUAAGGAUUCCUUAUCAGAAGGUCUUAAAGUAGAACAUUCGGACAGCUCGAGUGAAGAGGACAUCAAAGAUAUCAAUAUCGAAGAAGACGAGGACGAAGAAGCGAUUAUAGAACGUCGACGAAAACAAAGAGAAGAAUUGCUCAAAAGGCUGAGUGGACCAAAUGAGGACUCUAAUAUGUCUGCUGACGUAAAUGUCGCUGCUUCUCCAGAAAGCCAAUCUAAUAUAUCACAAAAAUCUAUAGAAAUUCCAUCCAAUAACAAUGAAUCUAUAUUGGAGAGCCAUACUCCGCCACUGCCCAUGGAAAAACUAGAAUCUUCGCCUCCAGCCAAGAAAAGAAAAUCUAGAUUCGAGGAUGCAUCACCCAACGAAUCUGACAAAACCGGGAACAUCAAAACAUCUGAGAAAUUUAAACAAGAGGAAAAGCAAACUUCAAAAAAAUCGAACGAAUGGGACAUGUUUGCAGAAGCAGAUAAUAUCGGAGAUUUUAAUAGUCCGACAGUUGAAGGAAAACGUCAAGGAGGACCAGAUAAUCCUAGCUUAACGGAUAACUGGGACGACGCGGAAGGAUAUUAUCGUGUACGCGUUGGAGAAACGCUAGAUACACGAUACGUAGUCUAUGGGUAUACAGGACAAGGUGUAUUUAGCAAUGUUGUAAGAGCGAGAGACAGUGCUAGAGGAAAUUUGGAUGUAGCUGUGAAAAUUAUAAGGAACAAUGAGAUAAUGCAUAGAACCGGUUUAAAGGAGCUAGAAAUCCUUAGGAAGCUGAACGAUGCUGAUCCAGAGGAUAGAUUUCAUUGCUUGCGUUUAUUUAGACAUUUCUUUCACAAAAACCAUUUGUGCAUGGUUUUCGAACCUUUAGCUAUGAAUUUAAGAGAGGUUUUAAAAAAAUAUGGCAAAGACGUUGGUUUACAUGUUAAAGCGGUAAGGUCGUAUACGCAGCAACUUUUUCUAGCACUAAAGUUAUUAAAACGUGCAAAUAUUCUGCAUGCUGACAUCAAACCGGAUAAUAUUCUAGUCAGUGAAAGCAAGUUAGUGCUAAAACUCUGUGAUUUUGGUUCCGCAUCGCACGCCCAUGAAAAUGAAAUAACACCAUACUUGGUCUCAAGAUUUUAUCGUGCGCCCGAAAUUAUUCUUGGUAUACCGUAUGAUUUUGGCAUUGACAUGUGGUCUGUGGGGUGCACCAUAUACGAGCUUUACACGGGAAAGAUAAUGUUUUCGGGAAAAACGAACAACCAAAUGUUGAAGUACUUUAUGGAUUUAAAGGGCAAAAUGCCGAACAAACUAAUUCGAAAGGGGACAUUUAAGGAUCAACAUUUUGACAGUAAUUGCAGUUUCCUGUAUCACGAGGUUGAUAAAGUUACGGAACGGGAAAAGGUUGUCGUAAUGUCGACACUGCCAGCGACUCGCGAUCUCAGCGCGGAACUCGGUGGGAAUUCUUUACCACCAGAACAAAAUCGCAAAGUUGGACAACUGAAGGAUUUACUGGAACGAACGCUGAUGUUGGACGCGGGGAAGAGGAUCACAGUAAAUCACGCCCUGGCGCAUCCCUUUAUACAAGAAAAAAUAUAGAUGUGUCUUCGAUUCAAAUCAUCGUUAAGUGCGGCCGGACCUUUCAAGGGCCUUUAGCGCCGAUCCCGUUACAAGGUAUUCAUGGGGGAUUGCCUGGGAUACUUAAUACACAUCAACUUUUCAAUAUAUAUGUUUAGUAUAGUUUGUAUUAAUAAUGAGGUCAUGCACAUAAACCAUACAAAAGUAUAAUCCGAAUUUUGUGCCAAUCUAAAUAAACUGUUUGAUAGGAAUUAUAUUUGAGGCAAGAAAUAGCAUAGAAUUUUAAAUUAAAAUUCCAACAGUUUUGUAUAUAAUUACAUCUGAGUAUUUGCUCUUGUAAAUGCAAGAAUUAGAAAGUAAAAAAAACAUAUGAUAGAAAUCGAUAGACGAUAUUAAUACGCGAUAAAUAUACAUGUUUUAGUAUUCUCGUUCAACCAGAAAGGGACAAUUAUAUAAAAUAAAGUAUUAAUAACAUAAAAUUGACGUGGAAAUAAAAAGAUAUAUGUUUCUCAAUAAUGAAAUAAAAGUAUACUAUGAAACUAUGAUUAGUAUGUGCUGUUCUAAUUGGCAAUUUGGUGAUGUUUCACUUGUAGCCCUCCCUGUGAGGAGGGGAGGCAAUGGAAGAAGUGAUGAUGAAUACGAUUGAUGAGGAGGAGAGGAGAAAAUGUGAUAUACUUGCGCCUACGUCGUGUCUACUGCGUAAAAAUACACAUACACUGUCGCUAAACAGUUCAACAAGGUUUAUACAACGGUUUAACUAGAUUUAUAUCUGCGCGCUAAGAUUUCUCUUAAAGUUCUACUCGAGAUCACAAUUGAGGACUCGUAAGUAUGUAUGCAGGUAAAGUACAUAGUUAUAAAAAUUUCAAACACAAGCGACAUAAACCAAAGUAGCCAAACAUUUUAAUUUACACUUGUACCUCUAUUUUUCUCAAAAUUAUUUUAGUCUCAAAAAUUACAUUUUUAAGCAACGAGAAAAUGAUAAAUAUUUGUAUAAUACUAAUAUUUGCGAUUUUGAGUUUUCAGAUAUUUAAAGCCUAUGCUCUCUCUCCAUGAAAGCGAAAAGCAGAUGUGAUGAAUCCACUAUUCUCGAAAAAUUAUCUCGCUCUAUUUUUGUUUCUUUCUCCCUUCUCUACCUUUUUUCUCUCUUUUUUUUCUCCUUUUCGUACAUACUAUCGGAUAAUAUGUAGAAAUAUUUUAAUGUAAAUAAACUUAUCAAAAU